UCCUGCUUCCUGAUCCCCGAGGUGGUUUCGCGGCCGGGAGUGCGGGGACGCCUCCUCCUCCUCCUCUGCCUCGGGUCCCCAAGGCUGGAAACUGAGGCAGAUCGGGGGCGGGGCGGGCAGACCGGGGUCGGAGAGGGAGAAAUGCCGUCCGCGGCCAAACCAAACUUGUGUGGGGCUAGAGGAUGAGGACGGAGGAGGGCGGCUGGAGUGGUCUCUCGGUGGGAAGCCCAGCCCUUAGACGAGGGGGAGCCCUGGUGGGGCGCGGGCCCCUGCCCGGCCUCAGCGACCGCAGCAGCCUGUGGCUCUGGACGCUGGGGACGGGGCGCCGAGACCCUUCCCUGAAGGACGCAGAAGGGACAGAGAAGUGGGGCCGCGAGGAGAGGAGCGACGUUCACAGAAAGUUUCGGUUACUUUGUACAACACGUAAAAGUGCAGAGUAAGAAAAUUGAAGUCAAAGACCAUGGGAGAUGCUGCAAAACCUUAUUUUGUGAGACGCACGAAAGACCGAGGGAGUAUAGAUGAUGAGGAUUUCAGAAGGGGUCACCCCCAACAAGAUUAUUUAAUAAUGGAUGAUUAUGCUAAAGGCCAUAGCAGUAAAAUGGAAAAGGGCCUUCCAAAAAAAAAAAUAACACCAGGGAACUAUGGGCAUACCCCCAGAAAAGGACCAUAUGCUGUUUCCAGCAAUCCCUAUGCGUUUAAAAACCCAAUUUACAGUCAACCUGCUUGGAUAAAUGAGAACCACAAAGAUCAGAGUAAGAGAUGGCUCUCUGAUGAACUUGCUGGUAAUUCAGACACUUGGAGGGAAUUCAAACCUGGACCUAGAAUUCCUGUUAUAAACCGACCAAGAAAAGACUCCUUUCAAGAAAGUGAGGAUGGAUAUAGGUGGCAAGAUGGAAGAGGCUGCAGAACUGUAAGACGGCUAUUUCAUAAAGACUUGACAAGCCUAGAAACCAUGUCAGAAAUGGAAGCGGGAAGCCCUGAAAACAAGAAGCAGAGGUCCAGACCUCGGAAGCCACGUAGGACUAGAAAUGAGGAAAAUGAGCAGGACGGAGACUUGGAAGGCCCCGUGAUAGACGAGUCUGUGCUUUCGACGAAGGAGCUCCUGGGCUUACAGCAGGCAGAGGAGCGAUUAAAAAGAGACUUCAUCGACAGGCUAAAAAGGCGACCAAGAAACUACCCUACAGCUAAGUACACCUGCAAACUUUGUGAUGUUUUAAUUGAAUCCAUUGCAUUUGCCCAUAAGCAUAUCAAAGAGAAGAGACACAAGAAAAACAUUAAGGAGAAGCAAGAGGAAGAGUUGCUCACUACGUUACCCCCGCCUACACCCUCCCAGAUAAAUGCAAUUGGUAUUGCCAUUGACAAAGUGGUACAGGAGUUUGGCUUACACAAUGAGAACUUGGAACAGAGACUAGAAAUUAAACGUAUCAUGGAAAAUGUGUUCCAACACAAGUUACCAGAUUGUUCUCUCAGAUUAUAUGGGUCAUCCUGUAGCAGAUUGGGUUUCAAAAAUUCUGAUGUAAACAUCGACAUUCAAUUUCCAGCCAUUAUGUCUCAGCCAGAUGUUCUCUUACUUGUUCAAGAAUGUUUAAAGAAUAGCGAGUCUUUUAUUGAUGUUGAUGCAGACUUCCAUGCUAGGGUGCCAGUGGUGGUGUGCAAAGAAAAGCAAAGUGGUCUUCUUUGUAAAGUGAGUGCAGGAAAUGAAAAUGCUUGUUUGACAACAAACCAUUUAACUGCCCUUGGCAAACUUGAAUCAAAGCUGGUUCCUUUGGUGAUUGCCUUUAGGUACUGGGCAAAGCUUUGCAGUAUAGAUCACCCUGAAGAAGGAGGUUUGCCACCUUAUGUGUUUGCCCUGAUGGCCAUUUUCUUUCUUCAACAGAGGAAAGAACCCCUUCUGCCUGUUUACCUAGGAUCAUGGAUUGAAGGAUUCUCAUUAAACAAACUAGGGAACUUCCAUCUUAAAGACGUUCAGAAAGACACUGUGGUCUGGGAAUACACUGAUAAUGCCACCGGGGAUGCAGACACAGCAAAAGAAGAGGCACCAAAAGAAGUGCCUGUUAAAAGGGGACAGGUGUCAUUAAUAUUUGAUCUCAGGCAUGUGCCAUCAGUACCAGUUGGGCAGCUCUGGGUGGAAAUGCUUCGAUUCUAUGCUUUAGAAUUUAAUUUAGCUGAUUUAGUGAUAAGCAUUCGUGUCAAAGAAUCUGUAUCUCGCGAAUUGAAGGAUUGGCCCAAAAAGCGCAUUGCCAUUGAAGAUCCCUACUCUGUUAAGCGAAAUGUGGCAAGGACUCUAAAUAAUCAACCCGUGUUUGAAUAUAUACUUCAUUGUUUAAGGACAACGUAUAAGUAUUUUGCUCUUCCACACAAAAUUACAAAAUCCAGCCUUCCAAAGUCUCUGAGUACUGUCACUUGUCUUUCCAAACAUUCUAAAGAAGUAGCCAAGCAUGACUCGGGUACACAGGCCAAAGAUGAUAAACUCAAAAGCACAGUUUUGGCUCAAGGGCCAGGUGCUGCCAGUUCAGCUGCACACAAUUGCAUGGUACAGCCAUGUACUCUUCAAGAGACUGCAGAAAGCUUUGGAAGCCCCCCAACAGAGGAAAUAGGAAAUGCACAUGUCAGUGUCCACCUGGAAAACUCAGACUGUGUCAAGGCAGGGGCCAGUUGUGAUGAGUAUGAGGAUGUUAAAGUAUACCAUCAAGAAACUGGAAGUAAAAUUGGGAGAGAGGGUAAGCAUCCUUUGACUGCCAGUGAUCUGGGUUUAAGGAGUAGCAAACAUGGAGAGCUUGCCAUCUGUGGCAGCACACAAAAAAAUGAGACAGAUAGCACUUUGGGUUUAGAAGGCUUCCAAAAUCCUACAGCCAAAGAGUGUGAUGGAUUCACUACUUCAGAAGACAAGGCUGAUGUUGAUGAAGAAGGGAUAGAAGGAGGUACUGAUGACCUCGAAGAUGCUCCAAGCCACUUCACUCCUUCCAGAGAGGGCCGUACAUCAGGAAUCCUUCAUUCCGAUGAAGAGGAGGAGGAAGAGGAUGAUGAUGAAGAGCCCAGGCUGUCCAUUACCCAAAGGGAAGAUGAGGACGACUUGGCUAACGAAAAUGAGUUAGAAAAUACAUAUACAGGAUCAGGGGAUGAGGAUGCCCUGUCUGAGGAAGAGGAUGACCUAGGAGAAUCUGCUAAGUAUAAAGACUUAAAAGAAGGUGGGAAACCUGCAGAUGGAGCUCUACUAAUGGAAUUUAGCAAAAUCAGUCUUAAAGAAGAAAGUGCAUUUGAGGAUAGUUCAACUUCGGAUCAGUCUGAUUUCUUCUAUGAAUUCAGCAAACUCACCUUCACGAAAGGCAAGUCUCCUACGGUCGUGUGCAGUUUAUGCAAACGAGAAGGUCAUCUCAAGAAAGACUGUCCCGAAGACUUCAAAAGAAUUCAGCUGGAACCUCUGCCACCACUGACACCCAAAUUUUUAAAUAUCUUAGAUCAAGUUUGCGUCCAAUGUUACAAGGAUUUUUCUCCAACUAUUUUAGAAGAUCAAGCUCGUGAACAUAUUCGGCAAAACCUAGAAAGUUUCAUAAGACAGGAGUUUCCAGGAACUAAAUUGAGCUUGUUUGGCUCCUCCAAAAAUGGAUUUGGGUUCAAACAGAGUGACCUUGACGUUUGUAUGACAAUUAAUGGACUUGAAACUGCAGAGGGGUUGGACUGUGUAAGAACUAUUGAAGAAUUGGCAAGAGUCCUCAAAAAACAUUCAGGUCUGCGAAAUAUCUUGCCUAUUACAACAGCAAAGGUGCCAAUUGUAAAGUUCUUCCAUUUGAGAAGUGGUCUGGAAGUGGACAUCAGUUUGUAUAACACACUGGCUCUCCAUAACACGAGGCUCUUAUCUGCUUAUUCAGCCAUUGAUCCCAGAGUGAAAUACUUAUGCUAUACCAUGAAAGUAUUUACAAAGAUGUGUGAUAUUGGUGAUGCAUCUAGAGGCAGCUUAUCGUCAUAUGCAUACACGCUUAUGGUGCUAUAUUUUCUCCAGCAGAGGAAUCCACCAGUCAUUCCUGUCCUUCAAGAGAUAUACAAAGGUGAAAAGAAACCUGAAAUAUUUGUUGAUGGCUGGAAUAUUUAUUUUUUUGAUCAAAUAGAUGAACUGCCCACCUAUUGGCCAGAAUAUGGGAAAAAUACAGAAUCUGUUGGGCAGCUAUGGUUGGGACUUCUUCGAUUCUACACAGAGGAAUUUGAUUUUAAAGAACAUGUUAUUAGCAUCAGGAGAAAAAGUCUGCUUACAACUUUUAAGAAACAGUGGACCUCAAAAUACAUUGUUAUUGAAGAUCCCUUUGAUUUGAAUCAUAAUCUGGGAGCUGGAUUAUCAAGGAAAAUGACAAAUUUUAUAAUGAAAGCAUUUAUUAAUGGUAGAAGAGUAUUUGGUAUUCCAGUCAAAGGAUUUCCAAAAGACUGCCCCUCAAAAAUGGAGUACUUUUUUGAUCCAGAAGUGCUAACUGAAGGAGAGUUGGCCCCAAAUGAUAGAUGUUGCCGAAUUUGUGGUAAAAUUGGACACUUCAUGAAGGACUGUCCUAUGAGGAGAAAAGUGAGGCGACGGCGUGAUCAGGAAGAUAUCCCGAACCAAAGAUACCCUGAGAACAAAGAGAAGAGAAGCAAAGAGGACAAAGAAAUUCAGAACAAGUACACAGAGAGGGAGGUGUCGACAAAAGAAGAUAAGCCCAUGCACUGCACACCUCAGAAAGCCAAGCCAGUGAGGGCAGCUGUUGACCUGGGCAGAGAGAAAAUUCUCAGGCCACCAAUGGAAAAAUGGAAGAGACAGGAUGACAAAGACUUAAGAGAAAAACGUUGUUUUAUUUGUGGAAGAGAAGGGCACAUUAAAAAGGAAUGCCCACAGUUUAAAGGCUCUCCAGGUAUGUCUAAAUCAGAUUGUGUAUUUGGAUCCCCUUCUUCACCUAGCCCCUUGAGACCAACUGGCACAUUUGCUCAGGCAGUGCUUUUACAUGAAGACAAAAAGAAACAAAAAACAACUAUAUUUUUGAGUCCCCAGUCAGGUAGCCUUUCCAGUAAAUAUAUGACUCAGGGAAAAGCCUCAGCGAAGAGGACCCAGCAGGAAUCAUGAGGGAAGGAAAAAAUGCAGCACUCUAAAUGGCCACUCAGGCGUUCCCAUUCACUUUGAAAUUAGGUUCAUUUCACAGGACACAGCAGCUUAGAUCAGGCUUCAACUUAACAUUUAAGGGAAAUGUCAGAUUUUUUUAAACUUAAUGAAAUUGUUAAUGAGGAAAAAAAAUUAAUAUAGUCUCACCUACCACAAAUCCCCAUAGAUGUAAGAUUUUAAGAGAAAGCCAUGAUGUAUUUAUUUAAGCCAGGUUUUUUUUUUUUAAGCCAGAUUUAAAAAAAAAAAAAAUGGGUAACUGUGGGCCAGUAUUCAGUGAAUACAAUUUCAUGGUUUUUAAUUCUUUAAAAGCACACUAAAAGUGAUGUGCUGAUAAACCCUGAGUAAAUUAACCCUUUUUUUCACCUAUAAAUCCCUUUUUUGUUUCGAAGAGGGGAAAUUAUAUUUAUUGUUGUUUACUGAAUCCUUGUGUGAAAGCAUAUCAAAUAUGUGUGAACUGCUACUACUGUAUUUACGAUUUACAAACCUUAUUUUAUUGGUAUUUGUAGAAGUGACAAUGAGAACUUGAGUACCUAUUUAUGCGAGCCUUCUGUGAGUCAGCAGCGCCACUGAGGGACUCUGGGGUUUUUUCCCUCUCCGAUUUUAAGAAAGUUGACAUAGAAUUACUAUGCUCAUAAAAAUGAAGUAAGGAAAACAAGUAGUCCUGCUUGCUGCUAAAAACAUUUUCAAAGGAAAAAUGACAAAAGAGAAGUGCUUUUUACUUUUUAUGAUACUCAGAAAUUAGAGUGGAGUACUUUUAAAAAUCCCUGAGGAUUAAAGAGGCCAUCUCCACCAAUCACAAGUUUGGUUGGUGUCCUUUUCCGUCUGACUGGAACCCUCCUGGAACUGUUUCUAUAACUUCACAAGCCCUCCAGAAGUAGUAUGUGGUCAGAACUAUGCCUCGGUUUAUUUAUCAUUUUGAAAUAAAAUCAAAAUUUCAACCUGUAAUUUUAUCCACAUUACUUUCUAGCGAGAGUCCUAAAUUUCAUAAGGAAACCAGAUGGGAGUGAGUACAGAUCUGCUCCUCUUUAUCUCUUGCUCCCUAUACUUGUGCUCAAGCAAAUCUACUGUUUGUUGACCCCACUGUGUGCCAACCACUGGGAAUGCCCACAGGAGAGGCACAGACUUGGCAGGAUGAAGACAGCGAAGGAUGGGGAGGGUGUUUGCUGGGCAAGCAUUCCCAGUUAGGAGAGUCCUUCCUUUCACCCACUUACAGACAUGCUCCAGUUAAAGAAGAAUCCUAUCAAAAUUACCUACAGAAUUUGGGAAGUUGUGGUAGAAAAGACUAGUUCCUUACUCAUUUUGAAUGAACCCAAAGUCCAGAAUUAAUCUCGUGAAUUAUGUACCCUGGGCAGAAGCUUGCUUUUCUGAUUUCACCUGCCUUCAGCAUGAAAAUGAGCUUGACUUGGCACACAAUUCUUGUCACACUUUCUUUGGAAAGCCUAUUUAUUAAUGCUGUCUUCUGGCAUACUAGUAGAAAUCGGAGGCCAGCCUAAUUUUUGUUCCUUUGUAGGUUUUAUUUUUCUGGUUGGGUGCUUCAGUGUUUAUUUAUCCCUAUAAGUUUUAUGUUAGUCACUUUUGUCUAAAACAAAAAGCGAAUCCCAUGUAUCUCCCUAGUCCAGUUUGGUUUUUUUGGUGGUUGGUUUUUUUCAACUUGGGAAAGUAUGUUCUUAAUUUUUUUUCUCAGAAAACCUUUUUCCUUUUUCAGUAUUUCUUUAUUAUUCUUUUCCUUCAUGCCAGGAAAACUUAAAUUUAAUCUCUACAUGACUGGCCGGAUUUGGUGUUCAUUCUGCUGUUUGCUCUCACAUGAAUUUUGUCAUUUCACUUCUAAUCAUCCUCACUUAACUCAGCCACCUUCCCUUUUCCUCUCAUUCAAGUUUAUUAUCUUCCUUUUCAUGGAAACCAUGAAGAAUGUUUAAAAGCUUCCUACAUUUUAUUCUCAUUCUUGUGGUAGAUUUCAGUCCCUCACACUGGCCCAAUGGGACAGUGACCAGUAUUUGCCAGGCCUGGAGAAUGGAUGGCGCCAGUCACAGUCCCUUCCCCAGCUAGGGGACAGGUGCAUCUGCUCCAUGCUGAGGCCUGCUCCCAGGGCAUAGUUAUCAUUCGAAUGCAGCUGGCCUGUCCCUCCACAAAUUUCACAAACGCUCCACUAGCAUGAUUUCCUUUCUUCUUUCUCUCGAGUAAACAAGAAAAUGAAAUCUAUUUUUACAGCCCCAGUCCACACUUUCUAAUCCCUUGCUCAGUGGGUACUAUUAUCAACAAUCUGCACACAGAGAUGUUACUAAAAUGUUCUGACAUCACUUCAGUUUACUUUUCAUUUUCAAAUGUGUUUCACAAAUGAUUCUAUUUAAAAUUAAAAAAAAAAAAGUUUCCUAAGUGGGGAAAAAAAAAAAAUCCUGGGUAGAUAGGUCGAUAGAGUUCAUAGCAAAAAGAAAAAAAAAAUUGUGGAAACCAGUCAAUUCAACAAAGUCCCAUAAAACUGUAAAGAUGUGCUCAGUAUUUUUUUCUUCAAAAGCAGGUAUGUUUAGACAACAGUCAAGAAUUUAGCAU